AUGAACAAGACGAUUCGAUUCGGAGAUCGGAAAUCGAGCGAGACUAUGGAAGACGAUCUGUUUCUCCGGCAAUACCAGCCGUCGGAGCUCAAGACCGUUUCGGAAUUUUUGACGAAUUGGCUUCCUUUCUUGACUAGAGAUCUGUGCAAGGACUGCGUCAACGUUCUCUCCAAUCGAAUCCGCUCUCUUGACCAAGAACAUUGUAGUAGUAACAGUGACGAAGUUGAUGGAGAGGGUAAAGCUGGUUUGGAAUCAGAAGGAACCAGUAACAAUGUUGCUGAUAAUUAUGAUGAAAAGUCUACUAGAGAUUUGGGAAAUGGUGGAGACUGUGAUAAUCACUCGCUAGGUAGCUGGAAGGAGAGUGGGAUUUCAUUUGGAUCCUUGUCUGAAGUUCUUGGUAAGGUACGGCCAUCUCAACCAGCUGCUGCUGAAACUGCAAGCCCUCGAAUGUCUUGGGCUGAUAUGAGUCAGGAAGAUGAGUUCGAGGAUGAAGGGGAAGAGCAGCAGAGGGAAUCUAGUAAGAAAGCUUUUGAUGCGGGUUCGAUGAAUAAGACUCCAGAGAAGCCUAAGUUAUCAAGAGACCAGAGAGAGAAUCUCAGGAUAAAGCAUGUGAAGAGAAAGAAAGACUUCACUUGCUUGGAGAGAGUUAAGGGAAAGCUCGUUAACGUUGUUGAUGGACUUGAGUUGCACACUGGUGUUUUCAGCGCGGUGGAGCAGAAACGGAUUGUUGAUCUAGUGUAUCAACUUCAAGAGAAGGGACGUAAAGGAGAGCUUAGAGAGCGUACUUUUACUGCUCCACAGAAGUGGAUGAGAGGCAAAGGACGUGUAACAAUUCAAUUUGGCUGUUGUUAUAACUACGCUACGGAUAGAGCUGGAAACCCACCGGGUAUUCUUCAGCGAGAAGAAGUGGAUCCGUUACCUUCUCUUUUCAAAGUGAUCAUUAGAAGGUUGAUCAAAUGGCAUGUUCUGCCUCCAACCUGUGUGCCCGAUACCUGCAUUGUCAACAUCUAUGCUGAAGGUGACUGUAUACCUCCUCACAUCGACAACCACGACUUUCUCCGUCCGUUCUGUACAGUAUCUUUCCUCAGUGAAUGCAAUAUCCUCUUUGGCUCAAACCUUAGAGUAGAAGGUCCUGGUGAAUUCUCGGGUGUAUACUCAAUACCACUUCCUGUGGGAUCAGUUCUGGUGUUGAAUGGAAACGGAGCUGAUUUAGCAAAGCAUUGUGUACCUGCAGUUCCCACUAAAAGGAUAUCAAUCACAUUUAGGAAAAUGAAUGAGUCGAAACGCCCGGUUUGGUUCACUCCAGAGCCUGAUUUGCAAGGGAUCGAGCCACUUCCAUUGGAAGAGCUAAACCGCUCUGGUUCUGGUUCUGCUUCAAGGUCAUCAGGAUCAAACAACUAUAACAUUGCGAACCGAAGAGGACAUGAACGUAGAGGAGGAGGAGGAGGCAGCAAUCAUGAGACGAGAGGUUACUAUAAUCCUGACAGAAGCAAGCAACAGUAUGAUGACUCUGGAGACUGGUCAUCAAGCCAGAGAAGAGGAAAGCCAAAAUAG